CUCACAGACAUACACACACAUACAGACACACACACAGACACACUCACUGUGCUGUAUUGUAUGGUUUUGUUUUGCUGAACUCUUGGCAACAGAUGUGAUGCCUGAAAUAACUGUGGUGUUACAGCAGAGCUGAUUUAGCAACUGAUUUGUCUUUGGGAUGUGUGUGUGUGUGUGUGUGUGUGUGUGUGUGUGUGUGUGUGUGUGUGUGUGCGUGCGUGCGUGCGUGUGUGUGUGUGACACAGGAGUUACUGUUAGUUUCUGUAAUGCCACACUGUAUGUAGGAGCUGAAACCACAGAGAAAUUCUGUCCUUGUGUUGUCGUUGUUGUGUUGUUGUGUACAUUACAUGCGUUUGUGUUUGUGUAAAAUGUCAGCGCUGAACGCUUCUGCAGGGACGGCUGUGUUUAUCUUGUCUCUUUUAUCCGUGCCUUUGUCCUACAGCUUUAAUCACCUCAUCACCACACAAAGUAUUGAGACUGUCCUUAUUGCUGCUGCAUCAGUUGUUGUCAUUUUAUCUCAUUUGGCACAAGUUCUGCUGAACACUAAAGCUCCGACUGAUCCCCUGUUCUACGUGUAUGCUCUGUAUGCAUUACUAAGUGUAGUGAACCUAAUAAUAGGCCUUGAGCAGGAUGGCAUCAUUGACGGGUUUAUGACCUUUUACCUGAAACAGGCGAAUCCUCACAUUAAUACGGCUCACGGUCACAUGAUCUCCUACUGGGAUGGAUGUGCUCACUAUCUGAUGUACCUUCUGAUAGUGGCUGCAAUAACAUGGGGAGAAAGUUACAGACCGAUCGGUCUGUACUGGGUAGGAUCCUUCAUGAUGCAAAUCAUUGUUUACAUUCCAGGCAGUGUGGUGGGUAAAUAUGGAACUCGGCUGAAUGCUCUAUCUAUGCUCCACCUGCUCUAUGUGUGUGUAUCUAUGUGGGCCUGUUUUAGAGUGUUUAACCAGCCUGCAACCCGAGACCAACCAGCAACAAAUGUUCAGUGUGAACAGAUGAAGUCCCUGUUACAAAGACCUGUGGAUUUGUUCUUCUUGCUCAGCCUCAUUACUGCUACAACCUUCUCUGUUGUCAGAGGCCUGGUGGUUCUGGACUGUCCUGCAGAUUGGUGUCGUGAAUAUGUGCUACAUUAUGAACCAUACCUUAAAGACCCCUCAGCAUAUCCAACUGUACAGAUGUUAGUGAACAUGCUCUAUUCCACUCCAUGUGUAAUAAUGAUGAUGUAUGGUCUGUGUGUUCCGGGUUGUGAUUGGCUGCCAGAUCUGAGUUUGGUGCACGCAGGUGCCAUGGCACAGGCUCAGUUCUGUCACAUUGGAGCAUCACUACACACUCGGACUCCGGUCAUGUUCCGCAUUUCAAGCGAGCAACUGCUCUUUUUUUUCACCUUCAACCUGUUCUACGCUUUAGUACCUCAGGCGCUUAGUUACCGCUGCAUCAGCCAUCCUGCCUUCUUCAUCAGCAAAACCCAACAAAGCCGAACUGACUGACCCUCCCUACAAUGUACCCUCAGGACUGAUCCCCCUAUAGGACUGACCCUCACUAUAGAGUCCCCUGAGUACUGACCCUCCCUACAGAGUUCCCUCAGUACUGAACCUCUAUAGAGAGUUCCCUCAGAACUCACCCUCCCUACAGAGUUCCCUCAGUACUGACCUUACCUUCAGAGUUUCCUCACGACUGACCUUCCCUACUGAGGUCCCUUAGUACUGACCCUCUUUACAGCAUUCCAGCAGUACCAACCCUCCAUACAGAGUUUCCUCAGGACUGACCCUCCCUACAGCAUCAUCUCAGUACUGACCCUCCCUGUAGAUUGCCCUCAGUACUGUCCUUCCCUACAGAGUUACCUUAGGACUGGCCCUCCCAACAGAGUUCUCUCGGGACUGACCUUCCCCUACAGAGUUCCCUUAGGACUGAUCCUCCCUACAGAGUUCUCUCGGGACUGUCCUUCCCCUGCAGUGUCCCCUCAGGACUGACCUUCCCUACAGAGUUCCCUCAGUACUGACCUUCCCUACAGAGCUCCCUCAGGACUGACCCUCCCUACAGAUUUCCCUCAGAACUGACCGUCCCUACCGCAUCCCAUCACUACUGAUCCUCCCUACAGAGUUCCCUCAGUACUGACCCUCCAUACAGAGUUUCCUCAGGACUGACCCUCUGUACAGAGUUCCCUUAGGAUUGACCCUCCCUACAGCAUCAUCUCAAUACCAACCCUCCCUACAGAGUUCCCUCAUUUCUGACCCUCCAUACAGAGUUCCCUCAGUUCUGACCCUCCCUACAGAGUUCCCAUCAGUACCGACCUUCCCUACAUAUUUCCCUCAGGACUAACCCUCCCUAAAGCAUCCCAUCAGUACUGACCCUCCCUGCAGAUUUCCCUCAGUGCUUACCCUCCCUGCAGAGUUCUCUCAGUACUGAUCUUCCCUACAAAGUUCCCUCAGUACUGACCCUCCCUACAGAGUUCCCUCAGCACUGACCCUCCCUGCAGAGUUCCCUCAGGACUGACCCUCCCUACAGAGUUCCCUCAGUACUGACCCUCCCUACAGAGUUCCCUCAGUACUGACCUUCCCUACAGAGUUCCCUCUGGACUGACCCUCCCUACAGAUUUCCCUCAGAACUGACCCUCCCUACUGCAUCCCAUCAGUACUGACCCUCCCUACAGAGUUCCCUCAGUACUGAACCUCCAUAGAGAGUUCCGUCAGAACUCACCCUCCAUACAGAGUUCCAUCAGUUCUGACCCUCUUUUCAGAAUUUCCUUAGGACUGACCCUCCCUACAGAUUUCCCAUCAGUACCGACCUUCCCUACAGAUUUCCCUCAGGACUAACCCUCCCUAAAGCAUCCCAUCAGUACUGACCCUCCUUACAGAGUUCCCUCAGUGCUUACCCUCCCUGCAGAGUUCUCUCAGUACGGACCUCCCAUACAGAGUUCCCUCAGUACUGACCUCCCAUACAGAGUUCCCUCAGUACUGACCUCCCAUACAGAGUUCCCUCAGUACUGACCUCCCAUACAGAGUUCCCUCAGUACUGACCUCCCAUACAGAGUUCCCUCAGUACUGACCCUCCCUACAGAUUUUCCUCAGGACUAACCCUCCCUAAAGCAUCCCAUCAGUACUGACCCUCCCUACAAAGUUCCCUCAGUGCUGAGCUCCCAUACAGAGUUCCCUCAGUACUGACCUUCCAUACAGAGUUCCCUCAGUACUGACCUCCCAUACAGAGUUCCCUCAGUACUGACCUCCCAUACAGAGUUCCCUCAGUACUGACCUCCCAUACAGAGUUCCCUCAGUACUGACCUCCCAUACAGAGUUCCCUCAGUACUGACCUCCCAUACAGAGUUCCCUCAGUACUGACCUCCCAUACAGAGUUCCCUCAGUACUGACCCUCCCUACAGAUUUUCCUCAGGACUAACCCUCCCUAAAGCAUCCCAUCAAUACUGACCCUCCCUACAGAGUUCCCUCAGUACUGACCUUCCAUACAGAGUUCCCUCAGUACUGACCUCCCAUACAGUGUCCCCUCAGGAAUAGAUGGUUAAAAUGUACAUAUUUACAUAUACAAUACCUAGGAUUUAAAAAUAAAAUCUUUAUCACACGAAUUGUCUACCAACUGAGUGCACAAACGUCCCAUGGUUUCAGAUCUUUUGUAGAUCCUCACAAACGCUAAUAAAGUUAAAGAUGAUGUUUACAUGAUGUUACUAAACCUGGGGAGUUUCAUCAGUCCAAAUAAAUCAUGAGAAUUCAUGUUUACAGCAUGCUCGAGAACAUCACUGUACUAAAGAUUUAGUUUUAUGACAUUCUGAAGAUAAAAACAAAUGAACAUUGUGAUAUUCUUUCUCCCUUUACACACCCAUACUCUAACACAAAUACUGCAUUAUUAAUAUUGCAACAAAUUAACACUAAAUAUUCAAUCAGAAAAUCUAAAAUAAAAAUGAAUUCACACUCUGA